GGAAAAAAUUACCUACGGAGGGACGCAGCUGCUAAAAGCCUAAACCUUCAAACGUCGAAGUUCAGACCUUCAACUAGGGUUUUGGCAGGAUGAUCAUUCCGGUGCGCUGUUUCACUUGCGGCAAGGUCAUUGGAAACAAAUGGGAUGAAUAUCUUGAUCUUCUCCAAGCUGAUUACUCCGAAGGGGAUGCACUUGAUGCACUGAAUUUGGUUCGAUAUUGCUGUCGUAGAAUGCUGAUGACACAUGUUGACCUCAUUGAGAAGCUUCUCAACUACAACACACUGGAGAAAUCCGAGGGCACUUGAAACAAUUUCCUGAAGUAAUCAGCUUAAGUAGCAAGUGUUUAUACCUAGCAUGUUUCUCCUUUUGUAUGUUUCCUCUUUCUAGUUGGAAGGAGGUAGUUAAAAUGUUGGAGUGAAGACUUUCGAAUCUUGUAACUCGUUAGUAAACAGUAUUAUGUUGAACACAGUAGGUGUCCGUUCCAUCUUUUCCCUUUAUCUUCUCUAGUCCCUCAAUGUAAUAGAAAUUUUAUGAAGGAAAAAAAAAAUCCUUUUGGCGGCUUA